ACGAGGAGCAGCUGAGGGGAUUGGGGUAGCUUAGUCUGGAGAAAAGGAGGCUGAGGGGAGACCUCAUUUCACUCUACCACCCCCUGAAAGGAGGUUGCAGCAAGGAGGAUGUCUGUCUCUUCUCUCAGGUGGGACAGUCCCCUGGUUGACCUAUUUUUCUCCAACCAGUACCUCCAGAUUACAACAACUGUUCCAUCCACAUCGGUGUACGGGUUUGGUGAACAUGAGCACGUGUCCUUCAAACACAACAUGGACUUUGUUACCUAUGGCAUGUUCAGCAGGGAUCAGGCACCAACGCCAUUUGCCAAUCUCUAUGGAGUUCACCCUUUCUAUAUGUGUGUAGAAGAUGACUCCAAUGCCCACGGCGUUCUCCUUCUGAACUCCAAUGCGCAAGAUGUUUCUCUGAGCCCAAACCCAUCCUUAACUUUCCGCACCAUUGGAGGAAUCCUUGACUUCUAUGUCUUCCUUGGGCCAACACCCGAAAACGUAGUUCAGCAGUACACAGAGGCCAUUGGACGCCCACACAUGCCUGCCUACUGGUCCCUGGGAUUUCAGCUCUCCCGGUGGGGUUAUGGCAACAUUGAUGUCUUAAAGGAAACCGUCAACCGCAUGCACCGCUAUGAUAUCCCCUAUGAUGUCCAGCAUCUUGACAUCGACUACAUGGAACGUCGCCUAGAUUUUACCUAUGACAAAGAGAAUUUUGCAGGUCUGCCAGAGUACCUCCAAGAGCUGAAGAAAGCAGGAAUGCACAACGUCAUUAUUCUGGAUCCUUUCAUAACUAAGGACGAAGAACCAGGUACUUACAGGCCAUACGACCUUGGAGAGGAAAUGGGAGUCUGGGUGAACAACUCUGACGGUGUAACUCCUGCUGUUGGACAGGCCUGGCCUCCCGGAGAUUCAGUAUUUCCAGACUACACCAACCCGAGGACAGUCGAGUGGUGGACCCAGUUGUGUCUGGAGUUUAAGAAUGUCCUUGACUAUGACGGGAUCUGGAUUGAUAUGAAUGAACCAUCCAAUUUCUUAAGAGGCCAGUUUCCUGGAUGUGCUGAUAAUGAUAUCAAUAAUCCUCCUUACAUUCCCAGCAUUUCUGAUCGUUCCCUGGCUGAAAAGACAUUGUGCCCCGACUCCAGGACUUAUCUGGGAGAGCACUACAACACACAUUCCCUCUUUGGCUGGUCACAGACUGCACCAACUUUCCAUGCUGCCCAGCAGGCAACUGGUAAGCGGGCAUUUGUCCUGAGUCGGUCUACCUUCGUCGGCAGUGGGAAGCACGGGGGUCACUGGCUGGGCGACAACUUCUCCCAGUGGAAGGACAUGCACUACUCUAUCAUUGGCAUGCUGGAAUUCAACCUCUUUGGCAUCCCCUAUAUUGGUGCUGACAUCUGUGGGUUUAACUACAACACUACCUACGAACUCUGCUUGCGCUGGAUGCAGCUUGGCUCUUUCUACCCAUUUUCCAGAAACCACAAUGCAGAGGGAAACAUGGAGCAAGACCCCGCGUUUUUUGGAGCAGAGUUUGCCAAGAUAUCUCGAGCUACGCUCCGGAUCAGAUACUCCCUUCUGCCAUACCUCUACACCUUGUUCUUUGAGUCUCAUGUUCAUGGCAACACAGUGGUACGAUCGCUGAUGCAUGAAUUUACCUCUGAUCAGCAGACUCAUGGAGUAGAUACUGCCUUCCUUUGGGGACCUGCAUUUAUGGUUGCUCCUGUUCUCGAAGAGGGAGCGAGAUCUGUGGAUGUGUAUUUCCCUGAAGCAACGUGGUUUGACUACUACACUGGUUACAAAGUGCCAAGUGCCUGGCGCGGGACGUAUGCUACCGUUGAUGCCCCGUUGAACAAGAUCCCUCUGUUCAUCCGUGGAGGCUACAUUCUGCCAGAACAGGCUCCAGCCACCACAACUACCAAGAGCCGCCUGAACCCAUUUGGGCUCAUUAUUGCCCUGAAUGAACAAGGAGAAGCUUCUGGGUCUCUCUUUUGGGAUGACGGUGAUUCAAUCGAUACUAUUGAAAAUGAGAACUACUUCUUGGCUAAAUACACAUACAGCGCAAGCAACCUGAAGACAGAAAUACUUAAAAACGGCUACCGGGGGGCUGACUCUCUGAGGUACAACAAAAUAACAAUUCUGGGCCUGAAACUGAAACCUCACACUGUCACUCUGAAUGGAAGAGCCAUCCACAGAGAUGCCUUCUCCUAUGAGCUGAAUGGGAAACUCACUCUAAGGAUUUCUGCCCCACUUACUCAACCUCUCAACAUCGCAGUUUACUAAAAUGUUCAGAAAAUACUGAUAUCCUUGGCCCUCAGACAUUGAUCUUUGGUUUUAUGUAAAAAAGCAUUUAGUCAUUAAAGUGUUGCUUACACA